AUCUCCUUCACCACGCUACACAGAAGGAAUACAUAAAUAAAUAAAUAAACAAAUAAAUAAAUAAACAAAUAGUCCAAGUUGAAAGACCUCAGGGACCAUGUCUUCUCGGGCAACACUGCAGAGCGACAGGAAUUCAGAGCACCAUGCGUCACUCUCUGCCAGCCGCUCGGACAAGGGCUCGGCCUGGUCGAAUCGCUCGCUGGGAGCUCGCUGUCGUAACUCCAUCGCCUCCAUCUCGGACGAACAUCCUCACAUCGGCAACUACCGACUGCUCAAAACCAUCGGCAAGGGCAACUUCGCAAAAGUGAAGCUGGCACGCCACAUUCUGACCGGCAGAGAGGUCGCAAUAAAGAUAAUCGACAAAACUCAACUCAACCCAACCAGCCUACAGAAGCUUUAUCGAGAGGUACGGAUUAUGAAGAGUCUCAACCACCCAAACAUAGUUCAGCUCUUUGAAGUGAUCGAAACGGAGAAGUCGUUGUACCUUAUAAUGGAGUACGCCAGCGGUGGUGAAGUGUUUGACUACCUCGUGGCCCAUGGGAGGAUGAAGGAAAAGGAGGCACGGGCUAAAUUUCGACAGAUUGUAUCUGCCGUUCACUAUUGUCAUCAGAAGAAGAUUGUUCAUCGGGACCUGAAGGCGGAAAACCUUCUACUCGAUGCAGAUUCCAACAUUAAAAUCGCAGACUUUGGCUUCAGUAACGAGUUCACGCUGGGCAGUAAGCUGGACACGUUCUGCGGCAGCCCUCCUUAUGCCGCACCUGAGCUUUUUCAGGGCAAGAAGUAUGACGGGCCUGAGGUGGAUAUCUGGAGCCUGGGAGUCAUUCUCUUCACACUGGUCAGCGGAUCACUGCCCUUCGAUGGGCAGAACCUCAAGGAGCUGCGUGAGCGGGUGCUGAGAGGAAAGUAUCGAGUGCCGUUCUACAUGUCCACUGACUGCGAGGGUAUCCUGCGCAAGUUUUUGGUGCUCAAUCCUGCCAAGCGCUGUACCCUAGAGCAAAUCAUGAGAGAUAAGUGGAUGAACGUCGGCUAUGAGUCAGACGAGCUGAAGCCGCAUGUAGAGCCUGUGGAGGACUACAAUGACCCGGAGAGGAUAGAUGUAAUGAUAGGGAUGGGCUUCUCCCGUGAGGAGAUCAGGGAUGCGCUGAGCACUCUGAAAUACAAUGAGAUCACUGCUACGUACUUGCUGCUGAGCCGCAGGAGUGAGGAUGGCACUGACUCCAGAUCGAGUAGUACUCUGUCUCUAGCAAGAGUUCGACCCAGUCCGAUAUCCAACGGUACCAGUAAACACUCCUCCACCUCCUCGUCCAGCUCAGCCUCCACCACCCACAACAAACCCCAACGUAGUGCCUCCACCUACCACCGUCAGAGGCGGCACAGUGACUUCUGUGGUCCUGCAGUAACCACAGCUCACCCUAAACGUAGCCCCACCGCUACAGGAGAGACGGACUUGAAGGAGGAGCGUUUGUCCACGAGAAAGGUGGUGGGCAGUGUAGUGGGCAGUCGUAGCAUCCCGCCCUCCAGCCCCAUGGUCAGCACAGCUCAGAACCCCAACAAAGCAGAAAUCCCUGACCGCCGCAAGGAACUUCCCGUCACCUCGAACAACGUACCAUCGAGUACCAUGACCCGCAGGAACACAUAUGUAUGUACAGAUCGACACGGCACUGAUAGACACUCCUUGUUGCAGAACGGCAAGGAGAACAGCUCACACUCUCACCGUUUACCUCCGGCCUCUCCGUCCACUCACAGUAUAUCCGGUGCGGGGGUGACUUCUUCCUCCUCGGCCGAACGUUCCCGCCUGAGCCGCGGCUCCACCAUCCGUAGCACUUUUCACGGUGGGCAGCUCCGGGAGCGCCGGGUGCCUGCACAUGGCCCGCCGGCCUCCCCCACGCUGUCCCGCGACGCCAGCCCGCUGCCUCACACUCGCACCCGUGCCACGUCAAACCUAUUCAGCAAACUCACAUCCAAGCUUACACGCAGGGUCAAUCUUGACCCCUCUAAGCGUCAGAGCUCAAACAAGUCCGUCUCGGGCUGCCCUCUGCCACAUGGAUCGAAAACAGUUAGGUCACAGACGAACCUGAGAGAGUCUGCAGAUCUCCGGUCACAAGGUAAGAAAGCAAACUCUCAGGUUAAAAACAACAGUCGCCAUCUAUCUGGGUAUCAAAAAGCGGCAGAGCCCCGCACCCCCCGAUGCGGCUGGGAUGUAAAGUUGCAGAGCGCGCGGGACCCGGCCGAGGUGGUGCUGGCAGUUCGUGAGGCAGCGCAGGGCUGUGGUUGCCAGGUGCACCAGGCUGGCCCCUUCCUCCUCUCCUGCACACACGGCGCUGCCGGCUCCCGAGUGGCAUUCGAGGCUGAAGUAGGGCACCUGCCCCCGGAGGCCAGCGGGGUCCGUUUCAAGCGGCUUUGGGGGGCGCCGCUCGCUUUCCGGGACAUCACUACCAAAGUGUCCAAAGAGCUGGAACUCUAAAGGGCAACAGGGAAGGGGGCAGAAAGGGUAUGGGAGAGUACCGCAGGGGACAUAAUAACGGGAACCGCUCUACUUCACCUGUGCUGACUCGAAACAGACACGGAGAGCUUUGUGUCCGCCGCAGACAGGCCCUGCUGAAAUGAAUCCUCUCCCCAAUGAAUCCUACUCUCGUGUCUUAGCCAAGCUUUUCGCGACUUUAAGCUGUUCCGACAGACAUUUAUCAUUUGUCACGACUGCGCCCUUCAUGUCAUUUCCAUUUACCAGCUGCUAUUUAAUACAUUUUAAACCUUUUUUGAAUUUUAUUUUAUUAUAUAUAUAUUUUUUUUCGUUUUGGUUCUUUUAAAACUUGCACCAUCCUGAACACUUUGUCUAGCAGACAUGUCCUAAAGACCAGUUCCUUUGUGCGUAUUUUUAUAGUCACAUUUUCUCUGAAUGAAAAACAGCCUAUACACAGGUUUAAGAGCAGACUAAUGGAAAGUAAAAGCUAUAUAAACCUGUGUGAUGUGGGAAUGAGUGAUGGCUGCUCUUCUGAGCCACUAACAUUGUAGCCUUUAUGGCUUUUUUUUUUUUUUGUCUGCGUUUCAGCAGUUGUUCUCAGUAAUGCAACUUCUGUUGUUGUAUGGUAGCACUUUAGGGUUGAGUGAGCGUUACUUUUCUAUAAGUUUUUUUUUUUUCCCUUAAAUGGUACACUGCACCUGUCAAGCCAAGUUUAAAACACAACAUUUCUUUCUGUUGUUCUGUAAGUAUUAUGCUAGUGAGAAGUCUUUGUUAAACAGCCAAAAACGUUCCUGCUAGACGGACACGAGACCUGCAGCUUUGCAUCCAUUUGGUAGAACUGGUCACCACGUUAGACAAAGGAAAUAUGUACAUGCACUGUGCAGAAAAUAAUUUUAUUCAACAUUUGUAUGAAACCCUGGAGCGUGCAAGUCCUAGUCGUAGCCUUGGAAUCAUCCGGCAGUCGUAGAUGUACUAUAUUUUUGAUAAUGUGACAAGUGUUGGGGUGCUAAAACAUCUGCCAAAUUAUCCUGUGAUAUAAUUUCAGUACUGUUUGACGUCAAAAUUACUUUGUAUUCUUAGCUCAACAAGGCCUCUUUAAAUCAGUGUCCUUAUUACUGUGUGUUGUAGUGGGCUGUUAGUAGUGAUGUGUGGGUGUGAAGAGAUGUUCCGACCAGCUAUCGCUCAUGAGAUUAUAGCUGUACGAGUCUUAACGAGCACUGUUAUAAAAUGUUUUGCGCAAGAAGGCACAAGGGCUACCUAAAGAGAAUAUGCUUCAAAAUUGAAUUAUAACAAAAACAAAUAAAAAAAUCAGCAAUAGUCGGUAAUUUUUUUUUUUUUUUUUGGCAGCAACAUUCUAUCAAAAUACACCUUUCUUGUAGAAUUCUAAAAUGAAAAGAUUAAAUAUAUUCAAGUUAAUUUAAUAUUUCCUAUUAUGAGAUUAUUUUAACAACUCCCAUAUCCUGUAGCUCAUUUAUGGAUAUUUUUGGCUUAUUAUAAGCAAAUGCUUGCAAUCGUCCUUUAAUGGCGUAGUACUUGAAAUUUGUAAAGAUGCCUAUCAGACACGCUUAUGUAUACAAGACAUUAUAAAAUUCUCAUAAUAAGGAAUAUUUCAUUAAUUUGCUUUUUUUUCAAUGUAAAAGCCAUGUCUUUGAGAUAUAGGCUUUGUAUCAAAAUCUCUUUGGGUUCUUAGACUUGCUGUUUAUUGGUUCCCUGUACUGGUGGUGUUGAUUCAUGGGUAAUGCAUUGUAAGCUGUGGUUGGCAUUGAUGCCACCAUGUUGAUGCCACCAUGUUGAUGCCAGGUUAUGUUUACAGUCAAGGUGCAUUUAUAACCCACAGCUCAGUCUUCAUCUUUAAUGACUUGGUGCCUUGCUGAUUCAUUGUGUGCCCUUCGAAAUUCUGGGAUUACACAGAGCCAAUUGAUACACGAUUUAAAAAAAAAAAAAAAAAAAAAAGGUUGCAGUUUCAGUCUGGACCAAAGUCAGUCAAGGGCAAUAAAUUGGGUUUAAGAUAUUAUUAUGUCCUAGAAAGCAUAUAACGGCUGUGUAAGUGAUGGGUCAAUUUUGUAAUAAAUAUGAACACUGUGUGGCUUUGGGCUUAUAAUAAAAAAAAUAAUAGUCUUAACCUCUUAAACUAUACAUUCCGCACUCCUGUACAUGCCUAUGUUUCCUUUUGGUUUGAAUGUAAUUGCAGAAUAGUUUAGCAAAAAUCCAAUGUGCUUAAGGGGUUAAGUACUCACAACACUGUUACAUUAAGUCACUGUUUCACAAACCGGUCCUCGGCAAUCUGAGUUGCUCCACGUUCUGCUGUGUCACAGCCCUCUAUACACCUGAACACUGGAGAACCCUGAAUACCUGGUGCGAUUGCCUGAGGACUGGUUUGGUAAACACUACAAUAAGUGCUGUUUCAGCUGUGUGCUUCAGUAAAAAGAAAAAAAGAUAAAAUAAAUAAUAAUCAUAAUAAUAAUAAAAAUAGCCUCUGCUGGUCACAUGGCUUGUUAUGACAUCAAAAUAAGACGUAGCCUUAGUUACCCAGUGCAAAAAAAUGCCUUUUUUUCCUGUGUGUGUUAUUACUUAACUACAUACAGCAUUAAAAUCAUAAUGUUUUUUUUGUUUCUUUUACUGCAUUUGUAAACAGUUAAAUUUUUAGUUUUUUUGUUUUUUGGUUUAAAGUAAGACUGCCUGCUGGGUUUGCAUUGACAUUUUCUCCGGAGGUACAUCAUGGCCUACUGUCUCUUCUCCUCAUGCAAGGAUUAACUAACUGUAUUAUAAAUAUGUACAAUUGUGUAGGUAAAUUAUGAUUGAAUUUUGUCCUUUUAAACAUUUUAGAUUAUUUUUCUGCCUCUACAUGUACAGAAAGGGGAACAGCUGACUGAGGUGACUGAGGAAUAAAUUCAUUGACUUUAAA